AUGUCAGACCCAUUAAUGGUAACUUUGUCAGGGAUUAGAGGUAUUGCACAGAAAUCUCUAUCAGAGGCUGUGAUUAUUAAAUAUGUUAAAGCAUUUGUCACAGUUCAAAUUAAAGAAUAUACAAAGAAUUCAUUGUUUAUUCUUGGGAGAGACUCACGUAUGAGUGGUCCAUGGGCAGAAAAAAUAGUUAUUAAAGCAUUAGAAGAGUGUGGAUGUAAAGUACUUAAUUGUGGGAUUGUCCCAACACCAACUGUACAGGUAAUGGUUCAACAACACCAAGCAUGUGGAGGAGUAAUUAUUACAUCAAGUCAUAAUCCUAAACCAUGGAAUGGAUUAAAGUUUGUUGAUAGUGAUGGAUUAUUUAUUGUACCAAAGAAAUGUGUUAAAGUGUUUACAUUAGCUGAUGAAGGAACUUUUAUUCAACAAGAAGGUGGAACAACUCAAACACUUCCAACAGCAAUAGAUGAACAUCUUAAUAAAAUUUUAUCAUUACCUUACAUAGAUGUUGAAGCAAUAAAAAAACAACAUUUUAAAGUUGCAGUAGACUCAGUUUGUGGUGCUGGAGGACCAAUAAUGACUGAAUUAUUAACAAGACUUGGAUGUGAAAUAAUACCUCUUAACAUUAAACCAACAGGAGAUUUUCCACAUAUUCCAGAACCACUUCCAGAAAACUUAACAGAUUUAUGUCGUGUUGUAAAAGAAUCUCAAGCUGAUUUAGGAAUAGCAGUAGAUCCAGAUGUGGAUCGUUGUGUAUUAAUAGGUGGUGAUGGAAAUCCUAUUGGAGAAGAAUAUACACUUGUUUGUGCUGUUUAUUUUAUAUUAAAAUAUUGUGGUAAGAAAGGAAAUGUCUGUAAGAACCUCUCCUCUUCAAGAGCAACAAGUAAAGUUUGUGAGAAAUUUGGAUCAAAAUGUUAUAACACUCCUGUUGGUGAAAUUCAAGUUGGUAUUGGAAUGACACAAUUAAAUGCAGUAAUUGGGGGAGAAGGGAAUGGAGGAGUUAUGUUACCUGAUGUACAUAUUGGAAGAGAUGCAAUGGUAGCAUCUACAUUAACAUUAAUGUUAAUGACUAAAGAAAAAAAACCAUUAAAAGAGAUUGUUAGUCAAUUACCACAAUUUAAAAUUUAUAAAACUAAAAUUGAUACAAAUAAAGUUAAUGUUGAUAAAGCAUUUGAGUUAGUUAAAAAAAUAUAUCAACAAGAAGAAAUUGAUGAAAGAGAUGGACUUUAUGUUUCUACAAAAGAUUUUUGGGUUCAUUUAAGAAGAAGUAAUACAGAACCAAUUAUUCGUGUUAUUGCUGAAGCAGAAUCAUUAGAAAAAGCCAAAGAAAUAGCAGAAAAAGUUAUGAACAUAUUACUUUCUGCUUAA